UACAAAAACCUGAUAAGAACAUUAUAAGAAAGGAAAAUUAGAGAACGCCACGCUGGAUCCUGCUCAGCUCUUCCCAACCUCUCAAAGAAGCCAUGGGAACCUGCCAUAUCCAGGGUUUGCUGUUCCUCUUUCUCCUAGGAGCUUCCUCCUUGGCCUUGGCCCAAUAUUUGUAUUGUCACAAGGGUGUAUCCAUAAAUAUAGAAGAGGAUCCAACCAAUGCAUUUAACUGGACCACAGAGAAAUUUGAAACUUGUGACAAUGGAACAGUUUGCCAGGAAACCGUGCUAAUGAUUAAAGCAGAGAAGAAGACAGCUGUUUUGGCCACUAAGGGCUGCGAAUCCGGAGGGAUGGAGAUGAUAACGUUUGUCCAACUCACUCCGCCCCCUGGCCUGGUUGCCAUCUCCUACAGUAACUACUGUGAGGAUUCCUUAUGUAACAACAAAGAAAACAUGUCUCAGUUUUGGAAUCUGGGAGAGACCUCAGUUUCCACUAGGUCAACAACCCUCCACUGCCCGACCUGCGUGGCUUUUGGAAACUGUUCCAGUGCUCCUUCUCUUCCCUGUCCCAGUGGUACAACUCGAUGCUAUGCAGGAGAACUUGAGAUUACUGGAGGUGGCAUCCAGGCAUCUGUGGAAGUCAAAGGCUGUACAGCCAUGAUGGGCUGCAGGCUGACGGCCAGUAUCUUAACAGUAGGACCCAUGUUGGUGAAGGAAAUCUGCCCGAAUCAGCUUCUUACUCAACCCAGAAAAGCUGAAAAUGGAGCCACGUAUCUUCCCAUUUCGGUUUGGAGUUUACACCUGCUGCAGCCAUUGCUGCUAGAAUCAUUUGUCCAUUUUUCCUGAGAAGGUGCUUCUGGUCCUAGGUCUCAGGACACCUGUGUCAACUGGGAGCCUGGUGACUGCAGGUCAUCAACAAGUCGAGGAGUGGGUGGGG